GGAUAGCGUCUAUUUUGCACACCUAAAAUAGUUCCAUAGUACCCUCUCAAUUUUCCAAAAAGAAAUUUUUGUCAACAUUUACGACAUACUAAUAAGUUCGCAAUGACUUGGACUGAAGAAUCCGUCAAUUCUCUAGCCAACAAAGUCAAUGAACUUCGUGGAUUCUAUGGCUUCGAGACAGUCAAAUAUUACACUUCUCUGUCCAACAAAGAUGUAUUUUUACGCUUGCCCAACCAGGAAAGUAGUGAUUGUGGAGUUACCGCAUAUAUGGGGUUGAAAGGUGGCUGCUUUGGAAUCAAGAGCUGUCCGGUAUUCAGUAAUCGGGUCGACCUGCUUGGGAGACGGGCAUCGAAAGCUGAUUUGUUUUCUCAAGCAAUCAAAUGGUUCCAGGAAAAUAGCGCGAAGCUACCGAUGAGUUACAAAGAGGAAAAGUUAUAUAUUGCUCUAAAAGCGAAAGUACACUCUUCUGGAUCUCAAGACCAGCAGUUUGUAGAGGAAUAUGAAACAUUCAUCAGCAACCAAGCUAAAAUCCGUGAUCAUCUUGUGUCACAGAAUCGAGUCGGGGUCGUUGUUUCUGGGGCCAAAUCGAAUUCUAGUAUUUCCAAUGAUACAGCGCAGAACUCUUUACCACUCGAUACUACUAACAACAACAAUGGGCGCGGAAGAAAGAGGGCUAGAGAGGAAGACACGGACAUGCCUGGUGGUGAUGUGGAAGUUUCACGAAAGCUAAGCAAACAAGCAAGAAAGAGAGCAGCCAGAAGAGCCAAUGCACUCGCGAUCAUGGCAGAUUCCCAAGAUCAAUCCACACAAAAGUCAUCAUGAGGUUCGGUAUCAGGGCUUCCUUUCGUGUGGUUUGCUCUUAGCUUGCAAUAAUCGAUUUGACGUUGCUUUCUGAACUGUUACUGCGAUAUGGAUUGAUGGUUUUAUGAUUAGAAUGAUGUUCCAAAGAUGGAUAGUUUCCUUAAGAUAUUGAUUAUAUUUUGCAAGUUCAAGGUUGAGCAGCGGGCGGCGGGGUCAUCACAUCUCUAUAACAUGUACUUCGAUAUUCUAUCAAAUACCUUUUUGGUCCAUCAAAUGACCUUGGGUAUAUUGAUUCUGAGUACUUCUGCCA